AUGCAUUCGAAUUGUCUACUGUUGUUCUUGGCGAGCUUUAUACUCGCCGCCAGCUCGGCCGCAUCCGGGCCCAAGGGCAUCCGGGCUGAGACAUUCCAAAAUCCUGUUGUCUACGAAGACUACCCCGACAAUGACGUCUCCGUGGGUCCGGACGGAGCGUUCUAUUUCUCGGCCAGCAAUUUCCACUUCAGCCCCGGUGCGCCCAUCCUUCGGUCGCUGGAUCUUGUGAACUGGGAGCCCGUUGGCCAUUCGAUCCCGCGGCUGACCUUUGGCGAUGGCUACGAUCUCCCGCCAGGCGGCCCGAGAGCCUACCGCGGGGGGACAUGGGCGUCGACUCUGCGGUACCGUGAGAGCAACGGCGUGUGGUAUUGGAUUGGGUGCACCAACUUCUGGAUUACCUGGGUCUUCACCGCCAAGUCCGUCGAGGGCCCUUGGACCAAUAGCGCCAACUUCGGGGGAGGGACCUGUUUCUACGACAACGGCCUGCUUAUUGAUGACGACGACACGAUGUACGUCGCCUAUGGCAGUGGAAAAGUCAACGUUUCCCAGCUCAGCACAGAUGGCUUCAGCAUAGUGAAGACCGAGCAGGUCCUCCAGGCCUCAGACGUCCCUACGGACUCGCUCGAAGGUAAUAGGAUGUAUAAGAUCAAUGGCACCUACUACAUUCUCAACGACCAACCCGGAUCCACGACCUAUAUAUGGAAGUCGAGUAGCCCAUGGGGACCGUACGAGUCGAAGGUUCUCGUUCAGAACAUCGAGCCACCAGUUGAGGACGGCGGCUCUCCCCACCAGGGCAGUCUCAUCAAGACAGCUCAGGGAGAUUGGUACUACAUGUCCUUCACCUGGGCUUACCCAGCCGGUCGCAUGCCGGUUCUAGCCCCAGUGACUUGGGGCGCCGACGGCUUUCCCGAAUUCGUCAAGGGCUCGAACGGGGGAUGGGGCUCGACCUACCCUGUCCCUCUUCCUGCACAGCCCCUGUACAACUGGACGCGGACGUACAACUUCGAGAGCGAGCUCGGACCGACAUGGGAAUGGAACCACAACCCGGACGUCGCCAGCUUUGAGGUCAACAACGGCGUGACGCUCCGUACCGCCAGUGUCACGGACGAUAUAUACUCGGCUCGGAACACGCUGACUCACCGCAUCCACGGCGAGUUUCCCAAGGGCACCGUAGAGAUUGACUUCAGUAAUGUUAUCGACGGCGACAGGUUCGGGCUUGCAGCGUUCCGCGACCAGACCGCGUACAUCGGCAUCCGCCGCAACGGGAGCGAGUACACGCUCACAGCCGUCCAGAACAUCACUAUCGAUGAGUAUUCCGGGAACCCGGUUGGCCCUGGGCAGGAGGUGGCCUCCGCCCCAGUGCCGAGCGGUGCCACGAAGGUAUGGUUCCGGGCGGAGCUCGACGCCCGGGCUUCGGGGACAAGGGCCGCCAACUUCUUCUACAGCUUCGACGGCGUCGAGUUCACGCAGCUUGGCCCGACAUACGAGCUGUACAAUGGCUGGGCCUUUUUCGUUGCGUACCGUUUUGGUAUCUUCAACUUCGCUACCAAACAAUUGGGAGGCUCCAUCAAGGUGGAGUCUUUCGCGGCUGCUUAA